AUGGAGAAAGUCGGGCCAGACCCCCAUGGCCUGCCUCUACUUACACGACCGAGGGACUUGCCAACAACUCAAACACGAGUCCCACAAUCUGACACGGUAGCGUGGGAUUCAUUGCCACACGAGCUCAAAUACAAGAUCUGGGAACUGCUUCUAUCCCCGAAGCAUAUGGCCACUCCCAGUAGACAAGGCGGUGCACCUUCGAAUCAUUUGCAGACCAACUACGCGACGGUGGCACGCGAGUGGCAGGCCUUCUUUGAGAAGUACAACUUUUCCAGUCUCGUAUUGCAUCAAUAUGAUCUUCCAGAUUUCAGAAGUAUACUGAACCGAGAUCGAACGGAUCGAAGACUAUCUCUUCGUAGACUCUGGCUUCACGUUGAACUUUCGUCACACCCAGGCCAAAGAUACGAGGGUUAUAGUCUCCCUGAACCUGCCCAAACCAACAGCAGCAUCUACACUUUUGCGCUGUGGGACCUCUUCACAACAUUCAAGCAGUGGGAAAACGACAUCAAAGGGUCAGGAAAAGAGCUGACACUCGCCUUGGUGUUGAGUGUCUACUCGUUGGAAUAUUGUUUUCGGCGCCCCCCAUUCCGACGCGUCCGUAUGUGCAAAGAUCUGUUGAUGCACGACCAAAUGGAACCCUUUCCCUUUUCUUUCAAUGUCCAAGGGCAGCUUGUGUCUGAUUGCGGCAUUGACUGGAGACACAUUGAAACACCUCUAGAUUCCAACCUGGUAAACAACCUCUAUCAGCACUAUCUUUGUGGCGUUGGAAACGCUUCGGAAUGGUCCUUGGACACAGAUUAUUUCUCCAUUCCAGGUGAGAUAUCAAGGCGCAGGCAGACUGCGAUGCCCCUAUCUCCCAGUACUUGGAUCCCGGAAACUACUUCUCCAUGCCCCGGAGGCGGGAUCUCAAGCAGGCAAACGGGAGACGAGACGAUGCGCGAUCUGCAUCCAUCCAUCGGUGAUGGAUUGCUCCAUUUCCCGAGUUUGGAGCCGAAUUCUUCCACCCAGUCCAUCUACUUUGGACCCUCUCGGAUCCAUGCUGAGCCCUUGCCUCUGAAAUUCGAUUUGGCCCAUGUCGGCGCAGACUCCCUUCCAAGCUUAGACUUUGUUCAUAGUCUGUGGACUCCUCGGCAGUUUGGUAAGACCAUACCCAAAUUAUCCUACGUUUUCAACGCAUUACCCAUGUUGAAAACCAUUCAGUUUGAGUCAUGGCACCUUGGCAGGGUUGGAGGCCUGAGUCAGAUCCUCACACAGCUUCCGCCACAUGUCGAGAAAGUGGUCAUGUACGAGGAUUUUGAUUGUCUAGAGUCCAACAGGAAGGAUCUGGAUAUUUACCCAAGAUUGGGCGAAAACCUACGCAUCGCAAGUUUGAAUCUUGUCGAGUUAGAGGCAUCAUUUAUAGUUGAUGCCUUUUGGUUCUUCCAGCCAUUCACUACGGAGAUCGACCGACUGAAGCCAGCAUCCGAAUGGAAGAGACUUGAGACUCUUACGCUGACAUCGAUAAAGCUAACUCGGGCUCCCGAGACUCUUACGCCGACAUCGAUAAGGCUAACUCGGGCUCCCGAGACAACACAGUUGCAGUUUUCCUCCAAACCGAGGGUCGAAACAAACAGCACUCUGCUUGUGGCUGCCGCCUAUGCAGCGCUUCAUAUGCCCAAGUUGCGUAUCAUGCAGUUGUGGUCUGACGGUACCGGCCAUGUCGGCAUUGAUGAAUAUGAGCACAAGCCUUGCAUAUUCCGCUAUACGGCCAAUUGUCACAGACAUGCACCGCUCAUAGAGUGGGUGGAUAACGAAAAGCCUGCUACGGAGUUGCCGUGGAUUGUAGCAAAGUCGUGGCAGAUGGUUGCAGACAAAUAUCGCCAUGGCGAAAUAAGGACAUUGAGCUCUACCAUGGCCCCAUACAACCAUCCAACACGUCCCUCUGUUCGGAAACAUCUGAUUACCUCUCAAGACUUGAAAGACAGUCAAUCGUGUGUGUUGUGCAACAAUUGCGGAAGGCUGGUAGGAUAA